AUGUCUGCCAGACCUCGUUUAGUCUCUUUCGUACGGCUGGGAACCCGUAACAGUAGGAUCCAGACUCUUUGCCGCCGAUGUCUUGAUAAGAAUGCUCGGCUGUUGUCUACAAGCCAAAUAUUCCGGCAGGAGAAUAGUGAUAAUCAUUCUUCUGGAGAAAGUACUGCUACACAGACAGCUAAUGCUCUUCCGACAACCGUGAGAGAACUUCUCCUCACUCAAAAUGAUAUCAAAGAUCAAGCGGCAAUCAAGGGAUGGAUCCAGACUAUUCGAAAGCAGAAGGGAGUAUGCUUCGCGACUGUGACGGACGGGUCAACGGCACAGACUGUGCAGGUUGUUAUGACCCCAGAGCAGGGGAGUGCUUUAACAAUUGGCGCUGCUGCAAAGAUUACGGGUUCAUGGCAGGAAUCACCAGUAAAGAAGGCCCAGCAGAAAGAACUUCUUGCUACAGACGUGAAGUUGCUCGCUGAGUCUGACCCCGGGACCUACCCCCUCCAGAAGAAAUCCCACACAUUUGAAUACCUUCGCACAAUACCCCAUCUCCGUCUACGCUCUUCAACCUCCCGCUCAAUCCUUCAACUCCGCUCAACAGCCCUCUCCCAAAUCUCAACCUACUUCGCCACAAACUCCUUUACCCAAGUCCAACCACCCAUCCUAACAUCCUCGGACUGUGAAGGUGCCGGCGAAGUCUUCGCCGUCACAGCGAGUGAUCGAAAGCCAUUCUUUACCGACCCGGUAUACCUCACCGUAUCAUCACAACUACACCUCGAAGCCAUGGCACUGGCCAUGUCGAAGGUAUGGUGUAUGUCCCCCACGUUCAGAGCUGAGAAGAGUGAUACCGCUAGGCAUUUAAAUGAGUUUUAUAUGUUAGAAGCGGAGAUAGCGUUUGUUGAAAAUGGAAUUGAAGAUGUUAUGAAGGUGGUUGAAGGGGUUAUUAAAUCCGUCGUGCAGGGUCUAGUGAAUAACGAAGUCCUCAAGAAGGAUCUGUUAAUCAGAAGGAAUGAUGAUGUUGGACUUCUUGAACCUGAGCAACUGGAGAAAAGGUGGGAUGGGAUUAUAAAUAUACCGUGGAGACGGGUUACAUAUACUAAAGCCAUUGAGGCGUUAAAACAGGCGGUAAAGAGGGGAGAAGACUAUAAAGCCAAAAUGAGUUCUUCGCUAAAUCCUAAUUCUAAGGGCAUACCUGAGGUUCAGGUUCCAUGGGAUGAAGGCGCGGAAUUCAAAUUCCCGGUCGAAUGGGGCAUGAAUUUACAAAGUGAGCAUGAAAAAUAUUUGGCUUAUGCGGUCGGGGGUGGAGCUCCUGUGUUUAUCACGGAUUAUCCAAAACAGUUAAAGCCAUUUUAUAUGCUACCUAAUAGCAAUGAGAACAAAGAUGAGGAAGGAAGGGAGACGGUUGCAUGCUUUGAUCUGUUGUUGCCACAGGUUGGUGAGAUCGUGGGAGGAUCUAUGAGGGAGAAUAGGUACGAUAUGUUAGAAGCCGAAAUGAAGAGAAGGGGUAUGAGCGAGGAGAGUAUUAAACAACUAGGAUGGUAUUUGGAGUUGAGGAAAUGGGGGUGUGCACCAUUGGGAGGAUUUGGAAUUGGGUUUGAUAGGUUGUUGGCGUAUUUGGCCGGAGUGGAGAAUAUUAGGGAAACGGUGGCAUUCCCGAGAUGGUUUGAUAGGUGUCUGUGUUAA